AUCAUCCUAGGAUCUCAUCAAGUGGUAUCAGAGCAACUCUGGAAGGGAAGUGUUCGAUUUUUCUCUCUGAUUUUCGUUUGGAUCUGUUCAUAUUCUGUCGAGUUUGAUCUGAUCUGUGUUCUUAGCGUUUAAAUCUGAUAAAUCCGUUUGUGUUUGCUAAAAACCUGUCGAUCUAUUCUUUUUCUCACUAGUUUUGAUUGAUCUAUGAUUGUGUUGUUGAGUUUUAAUAGAUUCAAGCUUGUUGAUCUCGUUUCUGAUAAAAACUUUUCACAUUCUUGUUGCAGAAGUAAUCGAUUUGCUUGAUCUGUUUCUGUUUUGGAUUUGUGUGAUUCCGAUCUGUUCUUAUUGCUUUAAAUAUAAUCUAUCUUGUUUGGUUGAUUAGAUUUCGAAUUUAAUCUGUCUCUGUUUAAGAAUUGAUCGAUCAUAUUGCGUUGGUGUUUGUUUCUGAUUAUCAAACUGUUCCUGAUUAUCAAUCUGAUUGUUUUUGAUUUGUGUUCACGAUCUGAUCUGUCUGAUUGUUGUCUAAAUCCAAUAUUUUUGUGAUCUGAUUUGUUGGAACUACUUACUGCCUUAGUCUUUCUCUUGAAUCAGGUACCAUGGCAGGAGAUCAAAAAGGAGAAUUCACCAAGGAAGAAAAGCUAUUGAUUAAAUCCAUGACCAAUCAUCUAAAUCAAACCAUGGGCAAGAUGAUGAAGGCUAAGAUGGAAGAGCUUCGACAGGAGGUUAGACAGGAAUGCCCACGAGCUACUGGUCAGAACCAUGAGUCUAGGCGCAGCGAGAGGAGACAAAGACGUGAGCAUGAAGGCAGAGGCAGUCACAGAGAUAAAUUUGCUGAUCAAAAGCUAAAAAUCCCUCCUUUCCAUGGCAACGCUGAUCCUGCUGCAUAUGUGGAAUGGGAAGAGAAGAUGGAGUUGAUUUUCGACUAUCAAAGCUAUGCUGAAGUAAAGAAGGUUCAACUAGCCACUGCUGAGUUUUGUGGUUAUGCUUCAAGCUGGUGGAAGCAACUGGUGUCGUCUAGGAGACACUAUGGAAAAGAACCUGUUGCAACCUGGCUUAAAUUAAGGGCUUUGAUGCGUCAUAAGUAUGUUCCAAGACAGUACCACAAGGAAGUGCUUCGAAAACAGUCUGAAACAAAGCCAUGCUCUGCAAACUCAGUCCAGGAACAACAAGGCAGGAUCAGAUCAAGAUCAACCGGUGUUAUUGGUUUACCUAGCAAGACAACGAGCUGGUUCUGUGAGGAGGACAUAAAGAAGCUGUCUCAAGUGAUUAUGGAUGUGGAGAAACAAUUCAGGGAGACCCACACUACACAUCCAUCCUUAGAAGAACAGAACCAGGAGUUAAUCACUUCAGUCUCAGAACUCAAUUCAGCAGAGCCGGUAUCAGCUACAACUAUUCAAGGAGAUCAAGCCAAAGAAUCAUCAGCUGCCAUUCAGAAAGAUGAGCAGCCUGUUCAGAACGUCAUGGUUCCUUUCAAACAAGCCAUAGUACCAGAAGAGACACCCAGGGAACCACAGACAGCUUGCAAAAAGAGACAACUGAUUGUCUUUGACCCGUGUGAUUUCCAAAAGACAUUCUUGGGUAUUUUUCUGUUCAAUCCCUUUGUCUGGAACAAGACCAGAGCAGUAGAGCUUUCAAGACACGAACUGGGCAUGGAACAUGUUGUAUUUGAGCCUGGAGGAGAGUUGUGGAAUCACAGGAACAAUCCCUUAGUGAUUGAGAAGAAAUCGGCAGCAACAACAAUUGUUUUUGGUGAUCUUUUACCCUCUGAAGCUAAAGGGAUGCACGUCUCAGCUCAGCAAGAGUUUCACUACGAAACCAAUUGGAGAAUGUUACCCACUCUUUCCUGGAUCCAAUAAACCGGAAAACGCAGCAAAUGGCCACCUGAUCAUCAAGAUAUUGUCAAUUCCGCAAAACAUAUCGGUUUAGCCAAAUUCUGUGAGCUGCUUAUAUCAGAUUGGGCUGGAAGGUUACAGAUCUACUUGUGGAAACCUGGAGCAUAUGACAGCACACUUAUCAUCCUUGGAGAGCGCUCUGCUCGUGCUAGAACCAGCUUGGGUAAUAAGGAGUUGGAAGCUGAUCAAAAUGCCUUGCUUCUUGAUCAUGUCAAGGUGUGGAAGCCACCAGAUUUGCAGAAGCUUCAAUACCAUUUCAGAGAUUGUCAAAUCAAGAGUGGAGAUGGAGAUUUCAUUAGAGUAAAUGGUGAAGUGAUUACUGGAGUAGGAGGAAAACUCAUGUUUUCUUCUCAAAACAAGGAGAAACCACCAGAUGGACUCAGUCUACAUCAAUCUCCAAAUAAAUCAGCCCGAGGUCAAACAGUUUUGAGUGCUAUACUUUUCGAAAGGAGAGGCUAUAGUAAUGAUCAGAGUAUCAAGAAUGGAUCCUUGGCUAAGUUGGAGAUGCAACAAUCAAAUCUUGGAAGCUGUCUAGCCGCCAACUCUGACAUAGGAGCAGUCCGAGGAUCAUAUCUCAGCAACCAGAAGGAAUUAAGCAACAAACUCAACUGCAAUGGAAACUACACUCAUCAGGGUCUCACGUCGAACUGGAAUCAUGUCCAAAGCUUCUCAAAUGAAAGAGUUAUGGGUUCUACAAGACGGGUGAUUCUGUGUUUGCUUUGUCUGAACUUUUCUGAGUGUAGAACAUCUCAAUCCUAUCUAUGGCGACCAGGUGAGCAUGCUAAGGUAACUAAUCAUGUUUUCAAGAGUUCUUUUAUUGAUUACACAGAUAUGAUGCACUUGUUUUGCCAAAAGAGUCAUGUGCAGAUUAUAUGGAAGCUUUGAAGAAUGCAAAGAGAAAGAACAAGCGUGAGGAAGACAAAUGUUUCAAGCCGCCUGAUCUAAGCCAGGAGAGACAUCAUGACGUCACUUGCUUCAUCCUCAUCAAAGAAGCACCUCCAGAUGCAGCAUACAAGCCAAAACCGAUAAAAUACAACUUUGGGAUAAUACUCUUACUCUAUGAUGUUUUUGCUUAUUGUGUUCACUUAUCUUGUUUCAAUGUAUCAGGUUUAAGUAAUGCCUCAGGAGUAAGGAGAGCCAAAUGGAUCAGUCCCUUCUAUAUAAUAGAACCAGUCAGCAACAAUGCCUAUCAAAGAGGCUUGCAAGGUAACACAGAUUUGAGGACAAAUCUUUUUGAAGUGGGAGGGGAUGAUAUGAUCAUGGAAAGCACCAAGGACUG